AUGAAGGCUGUCCUCUUUGUCCUGUUGACCACCUACUUGGCCCUGAAGCCAGGGGCUGCCCUGCAGUGCUAUUCAUGCACAGCACAGGUGAGCAACAAUGACUGCCUGAAUGUGCAGAACUGCAGCCAGGACCAGAACAGCUGCUGGACAUCACGCAUCCGGGCCAUUGGACUUGUGACAGUUAUUAGUAAAGGCUGCGGCUCAAACUGCAUGGAUGACACCGAGAACUACUACGUGGGCAAGAAGAACGUCACAUGUUGCUACUCCGACUUGUGCAAUACCAGCGGAGCCCACACCCUGAAGCCAGCCACCACCACCCUGGGGCUGCUCACUGUGCUCAGCAGCCUGUUGCUGUGGUGUUCCAGUCAUCUAUAGGCUCUAGGAAGCCCUACUACAGCCUCUACUAUGCAGGGAUGACCCACCACCACCACCACAACUCCUAACAUCCACACAGGGCUGGCCUUUGCCCUGCCCCUUCUGGUGCUCCCUCCUCUCAGCUGCAUCUGUUUCUACAGCUGGCGCUUUGCCCCCCCCCUCCACCACAUCAGUGCGAUGCCCCGCCAGUUCUGCUCUGGCACUUCUGCUGCAGGGCUCCCUGCACCACCCUGCUCCCUAGGAGCUGAGCCAAUCUGCACAGCAGCACUUGGGAAGGGCCUGGUGAAGGCUGAGACGAGAUGGACUGGGCAGAAAUGAAGCUGGGAGGUGGGUGUGAGGUUCUGCUAGUCCUAGGAGAUGAUCCCGGUGGGUGGACCUGCCCCAUGUUUAUAGAGCCCCAGAACACAGUAGGCCUGUAAUAAAUUCCUGUUGGGUAAGUUGGAGAAAGAUUUUGUCCUUAAGCAGCCCAUGAUGAGCCUGGCCUCCACCUGGGCAAUGUCCAUCAAGGGUCAUGGACAUGCCGUUGACCUUAGGUGUUAGAGGCCUGGUCUUGGUGGGAACACAUAUGUGGCACCUGGCAGGGGGCAGGACCACUUAUCUCAGGACACCCGCCCUUGCUGUAUAGACUCAGGCACAUUUCCAAGCUUCUCAGAGUCCUGUGUGUUUCUCUGCUACCCUC